CUCUCUCCCUCACAUUAUCUUCUUUCUUCCCAUAAAAAUUCAAACCAAGCUCCUACCUUUUCCCACUCCAAACUCCUGUUUCUCCCAAAUGGCCCAGUCAUGAACGCAAAACCACUGCAAUCAUUCCCAACACUUUCAUCUUCCUCUUCAUCAUCAACCUCUAACUCUUUCCCACUAACCCAAACUCUCACUCUCCACUGGGCUUCUCCUCCACCCUCUUCCUCCACCACCACUAAAUCCAAGCACCCAUUUCGUGUACAUACCGCAACAAAUCAUACUAGCCCAUCAGACCUCUCUCUCACCACCACCACCACCACCACAGAGCUACACAAUUCACAAGACAAUAAACUUCUAACUUUCCUCCGUCAAAGAAAAACAGAGAAAGCCUGGAUUGCCUACACUCAAUGCACUCAUCUCCCAAGUGCCACUUGCCUUAGCCGCUUGGUUUCCCAGUUGUCCUAUCUAAACACCCGUGUAGGCCUCACACGCGCCCAGUCCAUCAUCACGCGCCUCCGCAAAGAGCGGCAGCUUCACCGCCUUGAUGCCAAUUCCCUUGGCCUCCUUGCCGUGGCAGCCGCCAAGGCUGGCCACACGCUCUAUGCCAGUUCAAUUGUCAAGUCCAUGCUCCGCUCUGGCUAUCUUCCCCAUGUCAAGGCAUGGAGUGCUGUGGUGAGCCGGCUCGCCGCUUCUGGCGAUGACGGCCCCAUUGAAGCGCUCAAGCUGUUCGGGUCGGUGACCAAGCGAAUCCGCAAAUUCGCUGACCCCACGAUAGUUGCAGACUCGCGGCCUGACACGGGUGCUUACAAUGCUGUGCUCAAUGCCUGUGCCAAUUUGGGUGACACGAAGAGGUUCUUGCAAUUGUUUGAUGAAAUGCCUGAGUUUAGUGCUGAGCCUGAUGUGCUAACUUAUAAUGUUAUGAUUAAGUUGUGUGCUAGAGUUAAUAGGAAAGAUUUGCUUGUAUUUGUAUUAGAGAGGAUUAUUGAGAAGGGAAUUCCGUUGUGUAUGACAACAUUGCAUUCGCUUAUUGCGGCUUAUGUUGGUUUUGGAGAUUUAGAAACGGCGGAGAAAAUGGUUCAAGCAAUGAGGGAAGGUAGGAGAGAUCUUUGCAGGAUUCUCAGAGACUCGAAUUUAGAAAAUUCGGGUCAAGAGGAUCAAGAUGGGGAUAGAAAUGGAGACAGAUAUAGAGGCAAAGACGGAGAUGUGUUUGUGAAGUUGCUUCCUAAUAGUAUUGAGUCGGGCAAUUAUGAGCCACCAUUGUUGCCGAAAGUGUAUGCUCCUAACACUAGAGAUUACACCACUCUAAUGAAAGGUUAUAUGAAGGCUGGUCGUGUCACUGACACGGUCCGAAUGCUAGAGGCAAUGCGGCGCCAGGAUGAUAGUUCUAGUCACCCUGACCAUGUAACAUAUACUACUGUUGUUUCUGCACUGGUGAAGGCAGGGUUGAUGGACCGGGCUCGUGAAGUGCUAGCUGAAAUGACAAGAAUUGGUGUAGCUGCUAAUCGGAUAACCUACAAUGUACUCCUCAAGGGUUACUGCCAGCAACUGCAGAUAGACAAGGCAAAGGAAUUGCUUAGGGAGAUGGCUGAUGAUGCAGGAAUUGAGCCUGAUGUGGUGUCCUAUAAUAUCUUGAUUGAUGGGUGUAUACUAGUUGAUGACAGUGCAGGGGCUCUUGCCUUCUUUAAUGAGAUGCGAGCAAGAGGAAUAGCUCCCACGAAGAUUAGUUAUACCACUUUGAUGAAAGCUUUUGCCUUGUCUGGUCAACCAAAGCUGGCUAACCAGGUAUUUGAUGAGAUGCUCGAUGACCCUCGAGUGAAGGCUGAUUUAAUUGCAUGGAAUAUGUUGGUUGAAGGCUAUUGUAGACUGGGAUUGCUUGUAGAAGCACAGAAAAUAGUUCAAAAAAUGAAAGAGAAUGGGUUUUACCCAGAUGUGGCUACUUAUGGCAGUCUGGCCAAUGGAAUUGCAUUGGCCAGAAAGCCAGGAGAGGCACUUCUGCUCUGGAAUGAAGUAAAGGAGAGGUGCGGGGUGAAAAGGGAAGGAGAGGUUCCUGAUUCUUCAACUUCUCCACCACGAUUGAAACCAGAUGAAGGGCUUUUAGAUACACUGGCUGAUAUCUGUGUGAGGGCAGCUUUCUUUAAAAAGGCUUUAGAAAUUGUGGCUUGUAUGGAAGAGUAUGGGAUACCACCAAACAAGACCAAGUUUACAAAAAUCUACGUGGAAAUGCAUUCGAGGAUGUUUACUAGUAAGCAUGCCUCACAGGCCAGGCAAGACAGAAGGAUCGAGAGGAAGCGAGCAGCAGAGGCUUUCAAAUUUUGGUUGGGUUUGCCUAAUUCUUAUUAUGGGAGUGAGUGGCGGUUAGAACCUAUUGAUGGAGAUGGGUAAUUGAGUAUGCUUCUGAUUCUGUUUGACCACUCUGGUAUGUCUCUGUAUAUUAUAAUACUGAAGUUGGAAUUUCCCACCAAAAAAGAGGGGGAAAGCAAACGUAAUCAUUUGCUUUGGAUCUGAAGGUUAUGAAGCUUAAAUUUAUAUGUAAAAUAAUCUUCUAUGUUAUGCAUGAAUGGUCACCUUUGUCACCUAACUAGGAUUGGUAGUUUACAGUUUACCCCUGACCCUUGGGGCCUCACCACCCCACCCCAAUGAUACUUAAAUGCUUUUAAUGUA